CGUUGUGUUCCUCCAGCCUGCAGCGUUUGGUUUAACCUACACCUACAUUAUUGCCUUUGUGUGAAGAAGGAAGAGUCAUUGAUUUGUGAUGUUUUCUCCCUUAGCUCUCGAAUGAUUGAGAUCCAGACACAGAUGUCACAGCGGGCAGUGGAGCUGUUGGGUCUGGCAGAGGAUCAGCCGUGUUUCCUGUUGGAUGUUGGCUGUGGUUCUGGUUUGAGUGGAGAUUACAUCUCUGAGGAGGGGCACUACUGGGUUGGCAUGGACAUCAGUUCUGCCAUGCUGGAUGUGGCUGUGGAGAGAGAGGUGGAAGGGGACCUUCUUCUUGCAGACGUGGGACAUGGUAUUCCUUUCAGGCCGGGCACGUUUGAUGGCUGCAUCAGUAUUUCUGCAGUGCAGUGGCUCUGUAAUGCCGAUAAGAAGACGCACAGUCCUCCCAAACGCCUGUAUCGAUUCUUCUCAACCCUCUAUUCUGCCUUGGCCCGGGGAUCACGUGCUGUCCUGCAGCUCUAUCCUGAGAACUCCGAACAGCUGGAGCUCAUCACUGCUCAGGCCAUGAAGGCAGGUUUCACAGGAGGGAUGGUGGUGGAUUAUCCUAACAGUGCCAAAGCUAAGAAGUUCUUUCUCUGCCUCUUUGUUGGUGCAUCUGGUGUGUUACCAAAGGGUCUUGGUGCUGAGUGUACUGAUGGAGAGGAAUCCCGGCAGGCCAAGUUUACUAAUGAAAGAACAAGGUUCAAAAAUGCCAAGGGGAAGUCUGCAAAGAAGUCUCGGGACUGGAUCUUGGAGAAGAAGGAACGCAGGCGGCGGCAGGGCAAGGAAGUGCGGGCUGAUACAAAAUAUACCGGCCGAAAGCGGCGCCCUCACUUCUGACCCCUUUGGAUUUCCUUCCAGUCCCAGUUCUGUGGCAGGCUUUGCAUUGACACUGGCACAACCCCUGUGGACCUACCCCUGCACCAGCAGGGGCUGCAGGCGCAUGCAACCUAAGCCUGAAAGCUGCACAGCCUGAGGAUGUCCAUCCGUGACUUCUGCAGGAGGGGCUGCCCAGUGUCCCACUUGAAUGCUUCCAGUCCUGUUUACCUGGGAAAGAGAAUCUCUUUGCCAACACUGCAGCCAGGUUGGGGUGCAAUGUAUGGAGACUGAUCCAGCCUUUUGCAGACUUCCUGGGGUGUGGGCCCUGUUACCAGCCCACAGGGGCAGAGUGGUAGAGCUGCUGUACAGCCCCAGGCAACCUGUUCCUGACCUUGGGAGUGCAAUGUAUCCUGGGUUAUCUUGUUUCUGGGACCCUUCCUCUGGGGUUCCAGCCCAGUCAGCAAAUAGAAGCGCUUUGAGUGUGAGGGUUGCAGAACUGUCCUCUUUGUCAGGCAUGCAUGUGUGAAUCAGGAGCUGUUCUGUGCUGAGGCAGGUCAAGUGGAAAUGAACAGUCCCCUGGUACUUCUCCCUUUCUGAAAGGAUGUUGAAGGCUUCCUAAUGCUGUGACCCAACCUACCCUUGCUUGCACGUGGUUAUGCAAAGUCAUCCGCAGCUGCGGUCAAGGACCCCACACGGUGAAUGUGGGCAAGUAUCCCCACAAGUAGAGUGGAGUUAAGGAAUUCAUCAGAGCUUUCCUGGGUCACUACCUGAAACAUAGAGAAGAGCAGCUGCUGCUAUAUGCUGCUACCCUUCCUGGGCCAGCUCUGACCUGCGUAGUCACCCUUCCCCUGUGGCGCAAUAGAGUGAGGAGCUGGGGCCCUGCUGUGUGGUUACAAAUGUUUAUUCUACAUAAAAAUUCCACAAAAUGGGAAGCUAUUUUGCAUCUGAAGCAGUGGGGAAAGGAGUCUUAGCAGAGGAAGGACAGGGACUAGAUGGAGAAAAGAGGCAACACAGCGUCAUCCAGUCCAUGGAGACUGAGCAAGCCAGGUUCAAGAUCCACGUGGAAAACAAGGACACUCAGCUCACGGUACAGCAGUGGUACAACUCCAAGGGGGUCGCUGAACGCUUUCAAGUGCACUGAAUUUAAAGAACAAAACACUCCCCUGCUAAGCGCGCAAGCUGUACGUGCCUGAUAGCUCAUGGAAUACUGCGCAAGACAACCCCCACACUGGGAGGCCAUGUGGCACUUGGAACAGAUAAUUCUUUAAAAAAGACACCUUGAGAUUGAUUUUCCUAAAGAAAAAGUGAAACAUCUUCCCAAGCACAAGCACACCAUUGUGAAUCCAGUCUCCACAUGCAACAUGGGUGGGCAGGGGAGAACAGGAUAGGGCUUACCCACGUGCAGGGAUUACAGUACUGGUCCCAAAUGCUUCCCUCCCCUGCUUACAGCCAUGGGGGGUGGCAGUGUGGUAUAUGGCUCCUGCUGGGGUCCAUACCUCAGCCCCACUCACUGCUUGUGAUCAGGCCCUAAUAAAGCCUGAAGUAAGGGUACAGGCAGUCCCAGCCUUGCAGAAUCCUACUCCAGGGCUGGGUCCCCACAGCCUGUUUUGUUUUUUGUGUCUCCUUGCUAAACUGACAUUAGUACGUGCCUGUCUUCCAACAAUGCUGCUUCAGGACUUGCCCCCCAGAGCACAGCUACCUGAGCAGACCAGCAGUGUCUAUGUUGUGCUCCUGCCUCACUCGCUCUUGACUGCGUCGCGGCUCCGCUGCACUAGGCAAUAAUGGUGCUGCAGAGGUGCAUGAAGAAAUGCCUAAUCAGUCUUUAACAGCAGUGAGCAUCUUGACAUAUGCCUUUCCUGAGGAUUGAUGGAGCUACUGUUUUCCUCCCCCCAGGACCUGCCUUGCUGGCAAUGUUAUUGCUUAACAAAGGGGGAAGCCUUCCUUUGAAGAUCUUACUGGCUGGUUUUUGCAUAAGGCAGAGGAAAGCUCAGGGUAUUGAGCCUCUUUGUAAGGGGACAGAGUAGGGGUGUUGGCAUCUGGAAUCCAACCACUUUCCCAACUCAAAGACCUCACAUAUGGUGGAGCUGUUGUCUGUUCUUACUACCUUAACUACAUGUGGCUGUGGAUAAGCCCUGGCCUCAAUUAGUUGGUAAAAGGCUAAACCCUCCAUGCUCCCUACUACCCAUGGCACUAUAGCCCCCUCUCCUUGGGAUAGGUAAGUGCCCAAAAGGCCUUGUUCCCUUUGUGGUUUUAAGCCCCUCAGCUUAACCCUGAGCUAUUUUGGCAGGGUUUUACUCCUGCUGCCCUCCUGGUGCCUGUUCCUUGGCCAUUGGCAGAAAACACCCUCUGCAGACACUUCUACUGGAUGGCUGGCACCAAGCUGAUUUGAAUUUUGCUGGACCUUUUAUUAACGGUGUUGGGAAGAGAGCCCAUUUUGGCUCAGCCCUGGGCAGAGGAGCAGAAGAUCUGACAGUUCCGAAAGCUCUUUGGCUCAGAGAUGACACCCACUGAUUUCACACGGAGCCUUGAUUCCCCCUACAGGCUUUAAAGGGAGGCUAUAGCAGGGGCAUAUUACAGCCCAACCCAUGACAAGCUGUGAACCCUGUGGGAGCUGCCUACUUCUCUGGGGGGUCUCAUCUCAGCUUGCUGCUUUGUGUUGGGAGGUGCUGGCAAGCAUGUUGCUGGGGAGCUAAAAGACAAGCUCCUUGCAGCACUGACAACCAUCGCAAAAUGGGAUUGGAUGGGGCGGGACUGGAGACAGUAAUUCAUACCUUGCUG